AUGCCUGGAGUUGUAGAGAAGAAGGGGAAGAAGUUGUCCAAGAACGCCUAUCGCAGAGCGAAGAAGAAGGCGCAACGUGAGGCAACGCCCGCAGCUUCGGAGACGGGCGAGUCUGAGAGCGAGGCCGAGUCCUCCAUCUCCACAGAACAGGAUGCUUCUUCCAAUGGUACGGCUGCGACGAAACCUUCAGACCUAUUGACCUUCGACGACCUCUCGAACGAGUUCGACUUCGACAACCCGCUGCUAGAGCAAUACAAAAAUGUGUUCAUGAAAUACAAGCAGCCAACGGAGGAAGAGGAGGCCAAGCAAGAUGAAAAGCCAGCCAUCUACUACGAUGAUGACGACGACGUGCAAGACGAGGAGGAGGAGGCUGAAACGGUACGCAAGAUAUCUAGGAAGGCCAGGAAGAAGGCAAAUACUUUGUCAGUUGCCGAGCUCAAGGCAAUAGUGAAGAGGCCUGAGCUGGUUGAAUGGACCGAUCCGUCAUCCUCGAGCCCCGUGCUUCUGAUGGAGAUCAAGGGCGCAAAGAACAUCAUCCCCGUCCCGGGCCACUGGUCAUUAAAGCGAGAGUAUCUGUCUUCGAAACGAGGUAUUGAGAAGCCUGCCUUCUCCCUGCCGAAAUUCAUCCAAGAGACGGGUAUCUCUGAGAUGAGAGACGCUCUUCUGGAGAAGCAAGCAGAUAUGACGAUGAAACAGAAGCAACGGGAACGAGUGCAAGGAAAGACGGGUAAGAUGGACAUCGACUACCACAAACUCUACGACGCCUUCUUCCGCCGGCAGACGAAGCCCGAGAUGACUCGUUACGGCGAAGUCUACUACGAGGGCAAGGAGUACGAGACCAACCUUAAGCACCUGCGACCCGGCGAAUUGAGUGACGAGCUGAAGGACGCCCUCGCACUCGCCCCUGGCAACCCUCCUCCCUGGCUCAUCAACCAACAGCGCUUUGGACUCCCACCAUCGUAUCCUCACCUCAAAGUGCCUGGCGUGAAUGCCCCCAUCCCGGCUGGAGCCAGCUGGGGCUACCAACCAGGACAAUGGGGAAAGCCACCGACUGAUGAUAACGGCCGUCCAUUGUUUGGUGGUGACCUCCACGGAUUAACUGAACUACAGUUACAACAGCAACAGCUUCACCCCGGAGAACCCGUGGAGCGUGCACCCUGGGGAACAUUGCGCGCCGAUGGCGAGAGUGAUGAAGAAAGUGAAGAGGAAGAAGACGAGGAUGAUGAGGGUGACGAGGAGGAUGGCGACGAGGACUUGUCUGGCGCCCAGACCACUAUGACAUCGGCCUCUGGCAUCCCGUCUGAGAUCGGCGGCACGGAGAGUAUUGGCGGCGAGUUCCAGUUGCGGAAGCAGCGUAAAGGUAUCGAGACAGAAGAACCCCGUGGUCCGCCGCGCAGUGCAGGUCAAAUCCUUCCGGAGAGAGACAUUCAGUCUACUGGAUUUUUCGGUGGCGAGCAUGCGUACGACCUCGAUGCCGCCCGCCGGGACACGUUCGGCCAAGAUAAGAGAAAGAGAAAGGUCGGCGAAGUGGAGAUGUCUGUGGACGUGGAUGAAUUGGAAAGGAACGAUCGUUUGGAUAAGGACGCUUUGAGGAAGCAGUACGAGGCUCAGCAAAAGGCGGAAUCUUCGGGUCAGCUGCACAGCAUUGAUCAAGAUGACCUCAGUGAGAUGAUCGCGGCUCAGAAUAGGAAGAGGCAGAAGCUGGAUGACGAGAAGCGUAGGAGGCGUUAA